AUAUACACACACAUUUUUGUGUGUAUAUAUCCAUCUUCACACACUUACACACACUAUAUAGAUCUCGCUUGUUGAUCGCCGCCGGAGCUAUCAAUUCCGGUGAACUCUCGUCUCACUGCUCGCCGCUCAGGUUGGUUUGUCUUUAUAAGUGGCUCCACAUCUAAUAUUGGAUUGCGCGCAUCUCUUAUUGGAUUGCACCUCAGAUUGAUUAGGAAGGAAAGAAUUCUGAUCUAGCCAUGCCGACAAUUGUUGACCGUAACUUAUCUCCAGCCACUGGUGAGGUCCAGACCGAUGUUAACUCCACUCCUCGGAAACGAACGCUUAGAUCUGAUUCAGCUAAGCAAAGCAGUCCAAUGAAGUUGAAAUCUCCUCGGCGGUUCAUUCUUGACAGCCCGAAUAGUCCAUCAACUAGAGUUAAGACUGAGUUGGCUGAAAAAUUGACUAUAAAGACACCGGUGAAGAAAUUGUCAGAUAGUUUUCAGGAUAAACCUGUAUGGAAUCCAACAGAUGUCAAUCAACUGAGAACUGUAAAGGAGGCUUUGCAUGUAUCAACAGAGCAACCUACAGUGGUGUGCAGAGAAGAUGAGCAGAAAAAGAUAUUGGAGUUCUGCAAACAAUGUGUAAAACAAGAGAAAUCUGGGAGCCUUUAUGUAUGUGGGUUGCCAGGGACCGGAAAAUCACUGUCAAUGGAUAAGAUUAAAGGAUCUCUGAUUGAUUGGACACAGGAGGAGGGUCUUCAGUCACCGGAUGUUUUUGCAUUAAAUUGUACUUCAUUAACUAAUACCUCUGACAUUUUUACAAAGAUUCUUACAAGUUGCCAACCACAAACGAAAAUCAGAGGUCCAACUUCACCUUUAAAGCAACUUCAGAACUUUUAUUCUCAAAAGCAACAGUCAUCUGGAACGAGAAUGAUGCUGAUUAUUGCUGAUGAGUUGGAUUAUCUGAUUACAAAAGAUCGCUCUGUGCUUCAUGAUCUAUUUCUGCUAACAACAAAACCGUUCUCCAGAUGCAUAUUGAUAGGUAUAGCAAAUGCCAUUGAUCUUGCAGACCGGUUCCUGCCAAAACUGCAGUCCCUAAAUUGCAAGCCUAUGGUUGUGACUUUUCGAGCCUACUCCAAGGAUCAGAUAAUCAAGAUAAUUCAACAGCGCUUAAGGGUCCUUCCUUAUACUGUGUUUCAACCACAAGCAUUGGAAUUCUGUGCCAGAAAAGUUGCAUCUGCUUCUGGGGACAUGAGGAAAGCACUUGGAAUUUGCAGGAGUGCGAUUGAGAUUUUAGAAGUUGAGCUCAAAGAAACUACAUCUGAUGUGAAUAUUUCAGUCAUAGAUAAUGGUUUUUCUGAUCAAACAACAGCUGCUGCUGGUGAGAUUUUGAAACUGCAAGAAAAGAAUGUAGUGAGGAUAGAUCAUAUGGCUCUUGCUUUGUCAAAGGCUUAUAGAUCGCCAGUAGUUGAGACUAUACAAUCCCUUCCACAGCAUCAGCAGAUAAUCCUGUGUUCGGCUGUGGUGCUGUUCCGCAGGGCUAAAAAAGAUACAACUAUUGGGGAGCUAAACAAGUCUUACAUGGACAUCUGCAAAACAACGCAAAUACCACCGAUAGGAAUAAUGGAACUUUCAAGUAUGUGCAGAGUGCUUAGUGACCAGGGUAUUCUUAAGCUUGGUCAAUCUCGAGAAGAAAAAUUGAGACGAGUUUCACUAAAGAUAGAUGAAGCAGACAUUACUUUUGCAUUGCAGGGUGUUCGCUACUUCCGAAAUUGUCUUCAAUAAACUAUUGCAAUGUUCUCAACAGUCAAUUUGUGGCGCCUUUGAAGCAUCUGUUUAAAAUGGUAAUAGGUGCUAAGCCUGUGGUUUCAAGGUAGAUGAGUCCAGCCAUUCUAACUCUGCUGAUGCUUCAACCAAUUAUCGUUAGAUCAGAAAUCAAGAAUAGAUGUUAGCUACAGCCUACACACAUAGUAAGACUUGCAAUUUAGUAAUUGCAUUUGAAUAUACAGAUAGAGAUUGUAAUCACAUGGUCGAAUCGACUAUACGAGAUAGUGAUGUAGAACCUCAGAAUUUAAUUUACACAAUAUGUUGCUUUUAUUAUGUAAACAUGUCAAUUAUUCAAUUUAUACGAAGUUAAGUUUUGAUUUA